AUGAAUCCUCUCAACAAGAUCAUUUUCCUUCUGGCGUUCUUAGCGUCAGGGUUCCUUCUCAUCCUCUUGUCAUGCGCUCUCUACGACAGUUACAAGACAUUAUGGGUGAUACUAAUCUUCCUCCUAGCACCAUUGCCGAACAUCGUAGCGUCGUCAAUAGAUGCUUCUCGAGACAAUUUCCUAACUUUCAAUAAUAACGACGGCAAUGCCCCUUCACCUGUUCAAGAGUUCUGCAAGCUGUUGACAGGAUUUUUCAUUGUCAGUGGGAUCUCAUUGCCGUUGACGUUUUACCAUUCGAGAUUGAUUGAAUUGGGUGCCAUGGUGAUGAGUAUAACGGGAGGGUUGAUCGUGUAUGUAGACAUUGUUGUAUUUAUCUGGUUUUUCAGCGAAGAUGAGGACGAAAAUGACGAUUUCAACUUCUAG